CGGUUCAUGUGCCUAGAAGCCGCGCAAGCCGCAUAGUUUUCAUCUGGCCACACUUACACAUUGGCAAAGUUAAAAUAAUUAUUAAACUUUUAAUAAUACAUUCUCGGCCAACAUGGAAAGUGACAGCGAUGACAGCGUGUCAUCUUACUACUCCGCGCUGGACACGAACCCGAUGGACGCAUCCAUCUGCGCUCCGAUGGCGAGCCAUGAGUUGGAGUCCCUGGAGCGGAAACUUGGCCAAAUAAUAUUCAUCCAGCAGACGGAUGCAACGUACCACAAGGCCCUGCGCGACAUGCGGGACCAGAACAGCCUGUCGCUGCUGGUGGAGCCGAGCUUUUAUGGACGGUACCAGACCACAUCGGUGCUGGCGGUGGCCACGUCCAACAAGACAUAUAUAUUCGAUGUCCGGGCCCUGGGCACCAUUUUUAAGGAACUGGCCGCAAUCCUGGAGGCAGAGCGGCCCCGCAAGGUGGUGCACUACAGCCAUCGAAUUGCCGAUCACCUGCAUCACCGGUAUACUAUUAAAUUGGGCGGAGUUUGCGACUCGUUCGUCGUACUAUGCGUGGCCCGCCAGGAAAAAUCGCCAUGCUCGUUGCCCGAGGCCAUAUCCCUGGUGUUUGGACUGCCGCUGCAGGAGCUGCUCUGCGAAGAGGUCACCGGAGGCAGUGAAUCGCGCCGAAACUUCUCAGCUCGUCCACUCACCCAGAGUCAGAUACGUUAUCUAGCCAGGAUGGCCAUUUUACAGCACAGGAUGCAUGAUCAUCUUCAUCUGAUGUACGGCAACAUUUGCUCCGAAUUGCAGGGCAUGUCGCUAGCCUUCAGCCAGAACUACACUCAUCUCGAGAAGUCUAUCGAUUUGGCUGUGAACAUGGCUCCCGCCAGUCUCUUUGGAUUCGGCUCCAUAGAUUUGCUGCCAACGGCCAAGGAAAUCGAUGACCACGAGAUGAAGCACCGAAAAUGAAAAAGUUAAUGGAAAUCUGUACCUACGUCGUUCCCAACCAUUUUUGCAUGAAGUUUGGAUCAAUACCGCCUGCACCUUGUACAUCAUACAUACCAUAACUCCCUUUCUGGAUCUCAUUUUAUUUCACUAUAUCAAUAGCUGCCAUAGGAAACUUGUACAAAUUCCCAUAAUAUAUAAUAAGUACCGUAGGAUAUUACAGAUCUCCCAUGUAUACAUAGCUACUUGAUAACUAUUGACUGAAUAACAAGGACUUUGUAGACUUUGAAAUGAAGCUUUGAUUCGUUGAAAAUGAAAUAAAUGUAUUAAAAUUU